AAACAUUCGUCAUCAACCACCACCACCACUAGAGGCCCAUUCCGUCACACAACCCUAUCUAUUUCUCUAGCGACACCAAUGGCCAACCCAACUCUCUUUUGAUUUUGACUCCAAAUUUUCCCUCAGUCCUAUAAAAAAAAACAAAAUUUAUUAAUUGUAAUCUGAAAUUUGCAGAUUGUGUGUGUUCAAUGGCUUCUUCAGUGACUCUAGGUUCAUGCCCAUGGGUUCUUCACCACCAAUCCAAAACACCCAGAUCCAGAUCUCCUCCCUUCAUCACACUUAAACCCAUCACCCUCACCCCAAAACGCAGCGUUUCGUCUUCUUCCCACACCAUUUCCUCUUCCCUCGUCACCAAAGAAGACAACAACCUCAAAUCCACCUCCUCCUUCGACUUCAUGUCUUACAUCCUCCGCAAAGCCGACUCCGUCAACAGAGCCCUGGACUCCGCCGUCCCCCUCCGGGAGCCGCUCAAGAUCCACGAGGCGAUGCGCUACUCCCUCCUCGCCGGCGGCAAACGCGUCAGGCCCGUCCUCUGCAUCGCCGCCUGCGAGCUCGUCGGCGGGGAAGAGUCCCUCGCCAUGCCGGCGGCCUGCGCCGUCGAGAUGAUCCACACCAUGUCGCUGAUCCACGACGACUUGCCGUGCAUGGACAACGACGACCUCCGCCGCGGGAAGCCGACGAACCACAAGGUUUACGGCGAGGACGUGGCAGUUCUAGCCGGAGACGCGCUUCUCUCCUUCGCCUUCGAGCAUUUAGCGUCGGCCACGAGCUCCGACGUUUCUCCGGCGAGGGUGGUCAGAGCCGUCGGAGAGUUGGCGAAAGCUAUAGGAACCGAAGGGCUGGUCGCUGGACAAGUGGCGGAUAUAAGCAGCGAAGGGUUGGACUUAAACGACGUCGGAUUGGAUCAUUUGGAGUUUAUUCAUUUGCAUAAAACGGCGGCGUUGCUUGAGGCUUCAGCCGUUUUGGGUGGGAUCGUCGGUGGAGGGAGUGAUGAAGAGAUCGAGAGGCUGAGGAAGUUCGCGAGGUGUAUCGGUCUGUUGUUUCAGGUGGUUGAUGACAUCUUGGACGUGACGAAGUCGUCUCAGGAGCUGGGGAAGACCGCCGGGAAAGAUUUGAUCGCCGAUAAGCUGACGUAUCCGAAGCUCAUGGGGUUGGAGAAAUCGAGAGAGUUCGCUGAGAAGUUGAAUAGAGAGGCGCGUGAUCAGCUUUUGGGGUUUGAUUCCGACAAGGUUGCUCCUUUGUUGGCUUUGGCUAAUUACAUUGCCAAUAGACAGAACUGAAACUGUGUGUCUUUUCUUUUUAGUUCUUGUCGGAAUCUUGUUUCAGAUCGAAUUGUAGAAAUAUUGGUAUGAUUGCUAUGUUAUAGAUUUAAUAUUAAGAGAUCA